AUGAGUAGCAGCCUAAGGAAGAAGAUACAGAAGAAAUUCAAAAACAGAGGCUACAACCUCAAAAAAGACGCCCUAAAUGAGGUUAUCGUAUACGCCGAACAAUAUCCCGAUGACGUCGACGGUGACGCCCUCGAUCUUCUCCUCGAUUACCUCCAGGAGGAACCGCUUAAUUCUUCCACCGUCGAUGCGGAGCCAGUUCGAAAAGUGAUUAAUCUCUUGGCGGGAGCUGACAACGCGCCGGAGGAAUCCACCGCGACUGCUUCUUCCUUGUCGGUCAUCGACGCCUUUGUGAUGCCAAAGUUUCGUUACGAUGAUGUUAAAAAGCAAUUCACCGAGCAUACGAGUAGCCUACCUGUUCAUGGAGAGGCUUCAGCUAAAACAGCAGUAUACAGGGAGAGAUUCAUGUUGCUGUUGCAGAGAGUGUCUCGUGCUGAGCAUUUUUCUCGGCCAGCAUUUGAUGCUGAGAUGUCGCAGUUUGAGAACUAUGAGAUAUCUUCGAUCCAGUCACUUAUUUUCCAAAUGGGAAAGAAAUGGGUGAUGGGCUACAAGAUAACAACAGGAUUCUUCACAGAGAAUACUAUAAUUUUGGCAGAAGGCGAAAUGAAGAAUGGUAUCUUUCAGGUGAUUACAUGCGGAUUUCCUCCUUUAGAAGACAGAGAUAAAACGCUAAAGAUACAUUCAGGAUACGACUUCUUUGGAGGUGGCACGCUAAGUAAAGAAGAGACGGUUAAACUUGCAGACUUGGAAAGACAAGCGGUGAAUGACACAUUUGUCAUAUUGUCUGACAUAUGGUUGGACGAUGAAGAGGUUCUCGGGAAGGUGGAAAAGGUUCUUGAUGGUUUUGAAAGCGUGGAGAUAGUACCCUCCUUGUUUGUUUUCAUGGGAAACUUUUGUUCUCGCCCGUGCAACUUAUCCUUUGGUUCUUAUUCAAGCCUUAGGGAGCAGUUUGGGAAACUUGGGAGAAUGAUUGGAGACCAUCCACGGCUAAAAGAAAAUAGUCGGUUUUUAUUCAUUCCAGGUCCUGAUGACGCAGGUCCCUCGACGGUCUUGCCAAGAUGCGGUUUACCAAAUUAUUUAACCGAAGAGCUACGAAAUGUUAUUCCCAAUGCGAUAUUUGCAAGCAAUCCUUGCAGGGUAAAGUUCUAUAACCAAGAGAUUGUGUUCUUCCGUCAAGAUCUUCUGUACCGGAUGCGUCGUUCUUGCUUAAUAACCCCUUCCACAGAAGAAACUGAUGACCCUUUUCAGCAUCUUGUCUACACAAUAACGUAUCAGAGCCAUCUAUGUCCUCUGCCUCUCAUGGUGCAACCCAUUAUUUGGAACUAUGAUCACUGUCUUCGACUAUACCCAACUCCUCAUACGAUAGUGUUAGGUGACAAGAGUGAGCAAAAGGUUUGCAAAUUUGGAGGAACGACAUGUUUCAAUCCAGGCUCCUUUUCGAGUGAUAACACCUUCGUAGCUUAUAGACCUUCCACUCAAGGCGUCGAGCUCUCUAAAUUAGACGAGGAAUGUUAA